AUGCGGCCUGGCCAACCACUGCAGUUCAGUAAUACUGUGUCUACAUCAGACUUGAGUGGUGCGGUGGAGGCUGCUGACCUCACUGGGGUACCAUCGGAGUACUUCGAUCUGCGACUGGUUUUCAGUAAGUCCCGGGCCACCUCGCUGCCUCCUCACCAGCCAUUUGAUUGUGCCAUCGAUCUCCUCCCAGUCACUUCUCCGCCCCGGGGUCGCCUUUUUCCCUGUCAGGGACCCAAGGUCUUCACUAAAUUAGACCUCCGCAACGCCUAUCAUCUUAUCCGUAUUCGUGAGGAUCCUGAACGCCAAUUCAUUGUUGAGAUGGAUGCGUCGGAAGUUGGGGUAGACGCGGCCUUGUCCCAGCGCUCCAGUAAGGAUAGAAAGGUGUACCCCUGUGCAACGAAACUACCACAUAGGCAAUCGCGGAGUCCGCGCCAGGCCCGCUGGGCACUCUUCUUUGACCGUUUUAACUUCACCCUUUCGUACCGGCCUGGGGCUAAGAACGUCAAACCUGAUACUCUAUCCCGUCAGUUCGAGCGGCUGGGAGAGGAGGUGCCUACCGAGACUAUACUCCCGGAUGGAGUAGUGAUGGGGGUUCUCCCCUGGAACGUCGAGCGGCUGGUGGAGGAGGCUGGACAAGGGGUGGAAGUACCAGUUGAGUGUCCGGCCAGUCGGUUGUUCCUGCCGGCAGUGUUACGCCCUGAGGUCCUUCAGUGGGGUCAUGAAUCUAAGGUCACCUGCCAUCCAGGAAUCAGGAGAUCUCUGGCUGCCAUCCGUCAGCGAUUUUGGUGGCCCUCAAUGGGCCAGGAUGUCAGGCAAAAACAUCAGAGAGGAUCCACAGUCAUGGACGGGAGUCUGUUUGUGCUGCUUCUGCUGUCAGGUCUCUUUAAGACCACUUCCGGUCUUUCUCGUAUGUACUACUAUAUAAAUGCCAGAAUGUCGUGGCCAGAGGCUCAGAGUUACUGCAGAGCGAAGCACACUGACCUGGCUUUUAUAGACCGCAUGAGUGAUGCAAGCCAGCUGAUAAAUAUAGUGGAUGCUGGAUACAGUGGAUCAGUGUGGAUAGGACUGAAGAGGGGGACACAGAAACGCUGGGGGUGGUCUCAGGGAGAAGAUACACUUGCACAGUACAAUGCCUGGGAUGCAGGAGAACCAAACAAUCUAAACGAAUGCGCUUUUCUUGCCUAUGGAGUUUGGCAUACUUACCAGUGCUCAAAUCCGAUUUACUUUGUGUGCUACAAUGGCACUAGUUACAUCUUGGUAGAGAUGUGGAAGAACUGGAUGGACGCUCAGAGCUACUGCAGACAGCAUUAUAUAGAUCUGCCCACCAUCCACAACUCUCAGGAACAGAAUCAGCUCAAGAGUAUUGUUCCAUCGUCAGCAUGGAUUUGGAUUGGUCUGUUCCGGGACUCUUGGGAAUGGUCUGACAAAUGGAGCAACUUCUUCAGAUACUGGGCAUCGGGUCAACCAUCCCAGAGUUCAGGAUCUGGUGACUGUGUUGGCAUGUCAACAACUGUUUCUGGAAAAUGGAUUCGUUCAAGCUGUGAUCUAAAGCGUCCUUUUAUCUGCCAUGGAUGGCCCAAGUCUCCGUACCGCGCAUACCAGUAUAUGAAUGAAAUUAUGACUUGGCAAGAUGCUCAGAGUUACUGCAGAGCGAGAUUCUAUGAUCUGGCCACUGCUGACAACAUGACUAAUGUGAACAAGCUAGUAAAUACAGUGGAUCCUGGAUACAGUGGUUCAGUAUGGAUAGGUCUCAGUGCUGGGACAGAAGAUCUCUGGGUCUGGUCUAUGGGAGAUGGUGCAAUCUCCCAGUACAGUAUGUGGUAUCCAGGAGAACCGAGUGGUGAUGGGGAGUGUGUGAGGAGUUUUAAUGGAAGCUGGUAUGAUGAGAGCUGCAGCACUGCUCUCCCAUUUGUGUGUUUCAAUGAUAGCACUGGUUUUAUUAUUAAUGAGACUGCUAUGACAUGGAGAGAUGCUCAGAGUUACUGCAGACAACAACACACUGAUCUGGCGAGUAUCAGCAGCCCAGAGCAGCAGAAUCUGAUCAGUAAUGAAUCAUCACUCUGGAUCGGUCUGUUUCUGGACUCUUGGCAGUGGUCUGAUCAAACGAAACUCAGUUUUAGAUACUGGGCAGCAGAUCAACCAUUACAGAGUUUAGCGCCUACUAACUGUGCUGGCAUGUCAAGAACCAAUUCUGGGAGAUGGUCUCAAUACAACUGUGAUCUAAAGCAGCCUUUUAUCUGCUAUGGAGCUGACAAGUUAAUUAGAAAACAGGUUGUACGGUUGAAAUUGUCCUGUAAUGGAAAAUGCACAUUGAAUGAUCCUUCACAACAGACUUCCUUUCUAAAUGUGAUAAGUGAUAAGUUGAAGAGCAUGGGACUGGAAAGUAACAAAAUGAGCUGGAAUCAGGGGAAAGAUGAAGAGGUGUUUCAUCUGGAGAGCAAACACACAGCCUAUUAA